UCAUCUUCUUCGCGGGGAAGAGCUGAAAACCUUCAUUUCUCCGCUCUGCUCUAUUAAUUAGAAAAGGUUGGUCUAUAAAAACAUAUAAUCCUCAAAGAUUGAGAGAUAGAUUAUUGCAAUGGAUAAUAUAAAUUCAAACCAUUCAACUCCUCUCAUAACAAAUUUAGAAAAAAUUCCUCCAGUAACAUUCUUUAGAAAAUUAUGGGAAGAAAAUAAAAUGGUAUGGCACAUAGCUGGACCAUCUAUUUUAGUUUCAAUUUUUCAAUACUCUUACGCUUCUGUCACUCAAACUUUGGUCGGUCAUAUUGGUACUCUUGAACUUGCUGCUGUUGGUAUUCAAAAUUUGGUCGUCUCCGGUAUAGGCUACGGAAUCAUGUUGGGGAUGGGUAGUGCCCUGGAAACAUUAUGUGGACAAGCGUAUGGAGCAGGAAAAAUGAGAAUGCUAGGGAUAUACUUACAAAGAUCAUGGCUGAUUCUACUUGGAACAGCAAUACCACUAACCUUAGUCUCUAUAUUUGCGACACCAUUGUUAUUAUUGUUAGGUCAAAACAGAGAUAUUGCAGAAUUGGCCGGUACAUACUCAAUAUGGAUGAUUCCAACAUUAUAUAUGUAUGCACUGAAUUUUCCGAUCCAAAAGUUUUUACAAGCUCAAAGUAAAGUAUGGGCAAUGGCAUGGAUUUCGUUCGGGGUAUUAGCAUUUCACAUACCAUUUAGUUGGUUAUGUAUCAUGAAAUGGCGAUUAGCUGGAGCAGCUGGUUCUUUAAAUCUUUCAUGGGUUUUAGUUGUGAUUCUUCAGUACGUUUAUAUUGUCUCAGGAUGUUGCAAAGAUUCUUGGAGUGGGUUUUCAUGGUUGGCUUUUUCUGAUUUGCUUGGAUUCUUUUGGUUGUCUUUGUCUUCAGCUGUCAUGCUCUGCUUGGAGUAUUGGAAUUAUAUGGUUUUGAUUGUACUUGCGGGAUUACUUAAAAAUGCUGAAGUCAAAGUUGAUGCUGCCUCCAUUUGUAUGAAUAUUGAAGGAUGGACUUUUAUGAUACCGCUGGGUUUUAUUGCUGCUGUCAGUGUAAGAGUCUCGAACGAACUGGGAGCAGGAAAUGCAGCAGCUGCAAAAUUUUCUGUUUGGGUUACGGUCUCAGCUGCGCUAGUCACGCAGACUGCGUUUAUUUUCCUAAUCUUAAUCACAAGAAACAGCUUUCCGAAACUAUUUACAAAUGACACGGCUGUUAUGAAACAAGUUAGUGCGCUAGCUGUGUUUUUAUGUAUCUCAAUCUUCUUUUACAGCAUCCAACCCAUUUUAUCAGGUAUGGCCAUUGGAGCUGGUUGGCAACGUCCUGUGGCCUAUAUAAACACGGCAGCCUUCUGUCUGGUUGGAUUGCCCAGCGGUGUCUAUAUGGGACUCAUAUUAGAUUGGGGUCUAGAGGGACUUUGGGGUGGCGUAAUAGUUGGUGUUGGUCUUCAGACAAUCAUUCUCAUAAUAAUGGCUUGGUGUACAGACUGGGACAAAGAGAUUCAGUUAUCGAAAGACAGAAUUAGCGGUGCUGCAGGUUUAGAUGAGGAAGACACGUCGUUUAGAUGAGGAAGACACGUCGUUUAUCUGAAUCAUUUUUGAGCUACUUUCUGCUUCUUUAUCCUUUUUGAUGUUCGAAACAUUUUAAUCACAGGGUUUAAUUUCUAAGAUUCGCUUAUUCACUUCCACUAUGCUUUGAUAAUUAGUUUAUACUUUGAUCAGAGGCGCAGUGCUCGUUGCACCAAGUGCGGUUAAUCUGCAGUUACCCAAGAACAAAGUCCAGUUUCUUUAUAUCCCAUUUGCCAACUUAUUUGGUAUCAACUAUGAACAAUCACAUGAUACCACUUACCAACUAGUA